AUGGUGGUGAAUGACACAGAUACAGUUGUAGUCACAGACUGGAACUACAACAGUGUGAAGUCCUUCUACACCAGGAAUAACCAGACACGUCACAGUAAACUCAGUCUGGGUGGUCAACCAUGGAGUCUGACAAAGUUGACAUACAACCAGGUGGCCGUCACUGUCCUGAACAUCUAUCAGAUUGUAACAGUAGAAGUCAACCCUGACCUGGUGCUGCUGUCAACCAUCACAACCAGCAAACAGUACUUGGGCAUAACGUCCUUGACACCAUCAACACUAGCAGCUAGUUCCCGGUCUCCUCCCUGUGUUGAUAUCCUGGAUAUGACGGGAAACGUGCUGAGGUCAAUCAGUCCACUCCACAAUGGUAACAACAUCUUACAAUAUCCCAACUUCCUCUGUACCACGAGGACAGGAAACAUCCUGGUGUCUGACUGUGGAACCAAGUGUGUCGUGUGUCUGACCCCCGAGGGAGAUGUGGUGUUCACCUACAGCCCUACAGGAGACACAGCACUGAAGCUUCCCCAGGGUAUCACAAGUACCAGCACAGGUGACAUCCUGGUGACAGCCAUCCUUCUAUACAGAGUCAUCCAUCUGACGGAGUCAGGACAGUUUGUCAGAAACAUACUGACACAACAGGACGGUAUCAACAACCCCCAGGGUGUGUGUGUAGACGGACAUGGCCACGUGUAUGUUUGUCUCAGUAGGGAAGGAGUAAUUAAGGUGUUCACAUGUAAACACUGA